AUGAACUGUGGAUGCAACGCAACACGGCAGCUUCUAUUAGGUUAUAACUUCAGUCCUCUGGCUGACCUGGCAUUAAAGGUUCUUGUUGAUGAAGUCAACAGGCAGUCCAGCAAUUUCAACCUGCACAGGUCAACCACCAGAGUGGUCCGAAAAAAGAAAAUCACACUGGUACGUGAUAAUACGUAUGAUAUCCUGCUUGAUUUCGGAAUAAAGGAGACAGUCUGUCUGAAAUAUAAUACCAGAAGACCAUACAUGGACAGUUGCCUUUUCAAACAGGGACGUCUUGCGUCUAAGGUAUUGUGCUCGAGUAUUGUGCGUGUUGGCAGCAUGUUUGUAGCUCCUCUGGGCAUUCGUUUUAUUGCUAGUACAGCUGCGCUUGGGUCCUGCUCAGAGUCCAGCAGUGAAGAGGUCAUUAUUCGGCGGACAGGACGGGUUCCUCUGGGCUCUUUCUCUCCAGGAGUCAUUCUGUGUCAAGGAGAGUUUGACUGUUCCAGAAUACUGCUGUGA